AGGGGUCAGUAGAGAAACGUUUUCCUCACGAUUCCUACUUCAGAAGGAAGAUCACAGUGACCUUUUCCUGUUUUUCCUCCCGUUAAUGCAUGAUGGCGGCCGCGUUGAGAGGGAGGCUCGUAACAUUGGCCAAGGGUUUGAGUGGUGCCCGGUUUCAGCCGUUAUGUGCUCGCUCUCUGAGUUUGACCUCCAGUCAGAAUGUUUCGGAGACUCCCCCGGCGCGGGCCGACAGCACCUUUAAGGUCACCAUGGUCCCUGGAGAUGGAGUUGGACCUGAGCUGAUGACCGCUGUCAAAGAGGUUUUCAAGGCAGCUGAUGUUCCUGUGGAGUUUGAGGAGUUUCAUUUGAGUGAGGUGCAGAACAUGGCCAGCGAGGAGAAACUGGAAGAGGUGUUGACCUCUAUGAAGAACAACAGAGUCGCCAUCAAGGGAAAGAUUCACACUCCAAUGGAGUACAAGGGUGAACUGGCAUCAUAUGAGAUGAGACUGAGGAGAAAGCUGGACCUGUUUGCCAAUGUGGUUCAUGUGAACAGCCUGCCUGGAUAUAGCACCCGCCACAAUAACCUGGAUCUGGUUAUCAUACGGGAGCAGACAGAGGGAGAAUACAGCUCUCUGGAGCAUGAGAGUGUUUCAGGAGUGGUUGAGUGCCUGAAGAUCAUCACCAGGGAGAAAUCUCGCCGCAUCGCAAAAUUUGCAUUCGACUAUGCCACCAAGAAAGGCCGCAGCAAAGUGACUGCUGUCCACAAAGCAAACAUUAUGAAACUCGCGGAUGGUCUCUUCCUGCAGAGCUGUGCGGAAGUGGCUGAACUUUACCCCAAGAUUAAAUAUGAAAACAUCAUCAUUGAUAACUGCUGCAUGCAGUUGGUCCAGAAUCCUUAUCAGUUUGAUGUGCUAGUGAUGCCAAAUCUCUACGGCAACAUCAUUGAUAACCUGGCAGCAGGGCUGGUGGGCGGAGCCGGUGUAGUUCCAGGCGAGAGUUACAGUGCCGAAUAUGCCGUGUUUGAAACGGGAGCCAGACAUCCCUUCGCUCAGGCUGUCGGCAGGAAUAUCGCAAACCCUACUGCUAUGCUUCUCUCUGCAUCCAACAUGUUGAGACACCUCAAUCUUGAGUAUCAUUCAAACAUGGUGUCUGAGGCUGUCAGGAAAGUCAUCAAGCAGGGCAAGGUGAGGACUCGAGACCUCGGGGGUUACAGCACCACUGGUGACUUUGUCCGUGCGGUUGUGGCCAACCUGCGCCAUCGGACUGUUUGAAGAUGCUUGCCAAUGUCUAUCCCUGAUCACCUCAUACAUGCCACUUCUGAUCUGAAUAUGUUUAAAGACUAUUUUAAAGCAGCCCUGUCAUAUUAUAUUUUGUUUCCCAUUUAUUGCUUUCUUUUUCUCUCAUUUUUCUGACUGGUUACUGAUUUUCUGUUUAUUUUUUUAUUUUUUUUUAAUGCAUCCAUGUACAUUUAUUUUCAUUUCUGUUUGUCACAGUAUGCAUCUUUAACCUGAUUUACACUUCUGUUUAAAAGUUUGGGGUCGGUAAGAUAAAAAAAAAAGUUUAUUAUACUCACCAAGGCUGUAUUUAUUUGAUCAAUAAUGCAGUAAAAUUGUGAAAUACUAUUACAGUUCAAAUAACUUUUCUAUUUUGAAAGAAAUGUAUUUCUGUGAUGGCAAGUUGUGAUCCUUUAGAAAUCAUUCUAAUAUGCUUAUUUGAGGCUUAAGAAACAAUUAUCAAUGUUAAAAAAAAAAAAAAACUUUUGUGCUGCUUAUUUUUUGUGAAAACUGAUUCUUUGAUGAAAAAGUUCAAAAGAGCAAAGUUCAGUUAUUUGAAAAAGUCACCCCAAACUUUUGAAUGGUAAUAUAUGUCUGACAUUGCUUUCCAGAUUUAAGUUAAAAUGUAAGUUUAAGUUAAAUUAAAAAAUAAUUAAAUUAAAUAGAUAAAUUAGAUAGCUAACUUUAGUUUCUGCAUGACUCAGUCUUAUUCCUGCUUCCAUAUAAUCUCUGUUUGGGGCUGGUCUUCGUCAAAUUGCCUUUGAGAUCGCAGGACCUCUGUGAAUUUGAUUCUCAGACAGUUUUCAAAAGCUAUUGGGCACAUUAAGUGCCUGGAGUGAUACUUGAUGUUUUUGCCCUUUUUAUUGUUACUAAUGUAAUCCUCACUAAUCAAAUCUGCUGCUGUCAUAAAUCAGAUGGGCAAUUACUGGAUUGAUCUGAUAAUGCAAAAUCGCAAAUGUUCUGAGCAGGAAGUCUGCUUCCUGCCAUUGAUGACCAGCUGUGGAAAUGAUGACAGAUUGAUAUCAAAGGCAAAUGAAAUCACUGCCUCUCAGGCAUUUGUAAACUUACCUCAGUCAUGGCGGUGCUGAUCUGACAUGUUGUCUUUAUAUUUUUCUAAGCUCAGCACAUUCAGUGUUAAUAUUUCAACUCUUACUUUGUUUGGGAAGGUGGAGACCACACAUUUCAGGUUAAAAUAAUUUCAAGGUUGACUCAUGCUUUAGAUGAACUGACCAACGUUUCCUCGAAUGUGAUUUUUUUUUUAUGCCAAAAAAUAAAUAUGUAAAAACAAAA